UUCAAAAAUAAACUUUAAAACUUUGUAUAAAAGAAAACUAUGCAUAUAAAAAGAAUCCCUCUUUAUCUGUAUAAUAAUUAUACCUAUAGAGGGGAAAUAGUUACGUGUAUUUAUAGUGUUUUACAAAUGAUUAGAAUAAAAAACAAAUAAAAAACUAAGCAGCUAUAUAAUCGAGUAAUUAACGAGCGUAGCAUCCACCGCAGAAAAAUAUAUACUGCAAUUGGAUCGUUGUAAAUACAUAUCAAGGUACACAAUUCACAGUGCCCACGUUAACAUAUUCGCAUAUCAUUACUGUUAGCCGUCUUUCCUAAAAGUUAACCGAAGGUUGGCGGGAGAUAUACUAUCGUUUGCUUCACUGCAGCUGAUUCUUACUGACAGUCGUCCGACAACCAGCACGGAGACUAAUACGUUAUUUCAAUCAUCUCGCACACACGCAUUCGAGAUGUGCAUAGUGACGUGACACGUGCAACGUUAUUUGUGAAAGAAAAAUACUUCAGAUUGUGUGUUUUGCAGGUAUGAUUCAUAUGUAUAUGGAUCAAGAGACCACAUAGAAGACUUACGGAUAACGUCUGCAUUCCUCUCGAUUAUUAAAAUGAUGAAAAAAUAUUGCUCGUGUUCGUGUCUUUCCGGAUUCAGAGCCGUGUUCAGGCCCCAACAUAUCAGACCUCCGCAGAUACCACGACCGCCUACAACUAUUGGCCCUGGGGAAGAUUUUGGCGUUCCAGUAUUGACGGUCCACAAUGUAGAUCCUUGCAUUGAAGAGAAUGGCGAGAAUCAUCGAACAUCCAGAUACGAGCUGAUGAACCGUCACGAUGACAGAGCGAGACUCAUCGUUAGACGUGGUCAGGAAUUUUAUCUGCAUCUCAGCCUAUCUCGAGACUAUAUUUCUUCCAUCGACGGGAUUUCUAUCGUCUUCACUUUAGACGGUAUCGAAAGACCGCAAUACGGACAUGGGACACUGGUGGCAACCGCUCUGCUCAAUCCUGGAGAGAUUUCCGAAGCUGCUUGGCAGACCAGCAUUGAUGCUAGAGGACAAAAUUUCUUAAGGAUAAAGAUUGUAACAUCUGCAAAUGCGAUUAUAGGCAAAUGGAAAAUGGAAAUCGAUACCAAAAAUAAAGAAACUGAAGGGGCUGUCAGUUAUACGAUGGAUCAUCCGUUUUAUUUAAUUUGUAAUCCAUGGUGCGAAGACGACGUGGUUUAUUUGGAAAAUGAAGCUGAACGUCAGGAAUACGUGCUGGCGGAGGAUGGUUUAAUUUGGCGCGGCAGUCGUAACCGUUUGCGACCCACUGUGUGGAAGUACGCGCAAUUCGAGCGGGACAUUCUGGAUAGCGCCUUGCACCUGAUGAACCAAGUCGGCAAGGUUCGAGUUUCCGGCAGAAACGAUCCUAUCGUCAUAACGCGUUGUUUGUCCGCCGCAGUGAAUUCUCCCGAUGACAACGGGGCAGUGAUGGGAAAUUGGUCGGACGAUUAUGACGGCGGCACACCACCUACGAGAUGGAUGGGCUCGCAAAAAAUACUUCAGGAAUAUUACAAAACGAAGAAACCGGUCAAGUACGGACAAUGCUGGGUCUUCUCCGGCGUAUUGGCAACAGUUUGUCGCACUCUCGGUAUACCUUGUCGAGUCGUGACCAACUACUCGAGUGCGCAUGAUACUCAGAGCAGUUUGACCGUGGACUACUUUGUGAAUGCUGAGGGCAAGAUCAUGGAAGAGCUUAACAGCGAUUCGAUAUGGAAUUUCCAUGUCUGGAACGAGGUGUGGAUGAAACGAUUGGACUUGUCACCGGAUUAUUCAGGAUGGCAAGUGAUCGAUGCCACUCCUCAGGAACUGAGCGAAGGCGCGUAUCGUUGUGGACCAGCCUCCGUGACCGCCGUGAAGAAGGGCGAAGUUCUACGUCCUUACGAUAACGCGUUCGUCUUUGCCGAGGUGAAUGCCGACAAGGUUUUCUGGCGUUACAACGGACCUACACAGCCAUUGAAACUAGUCCGCAAAGAUAUGUACGGCAUUGGUCAAUUGAUUAGUACGAAAGCAGUUGGAAGGUGGACGAGGGAGGACAUCACGCACACUUAUAAAUAUCCAGAAAAGUCUGAUGAAGAACGUGCUGCCAUGCUAAAGGCGCUUCGUCAAAGCGAAUCUUUAUUUAGCCGCUACUAUCUCAAUGAGGAGUUCAACGACGUCAUGUUUACUUUUGAAUUGCGCGAUGACAUCAUAAUCGGACAGCCAUUUAGUGUCGUAUUAUUGAUUAAAAAUCGGAAUUCGAUAAUGGAGUAUCGCGUGUCCGUAAUUCUGAGAGUGGAGACUGUGUUGUACACUGGUCGGGUGGGCGAUCCGGUAAAGAGAUUGCACAUCGACAGAUUAGUUCGACCAGGAGUGCUCGAGGAAAUUCGCAUGGACGUUUCUUGGGAGGAAUACGGUCCGAGAUUGUUAGAUCAAUGCGCCUUCAACAUCGCCUGUCUCGCUACCGUGGAGGACACGAACUUCGAAUACUUCGCGCAGGAUGACUUUCGCGUUAGAAAACCCGACAUUAAAAUUACGUUGCAUAACGAUGCAAUCGUCGGUCAAACUCUUAACGCUUCGGCCAAGUUUCGCAAUCCACUACCAAUUCCUUUGAAGAGAGGUGUAUUCCUUAUCGAAGGACCCGGUCUAGACGAGCAAUUGAAGCUGAAACUAUUUGAACCCGUCGAGGUGGACGCGGACGCAGAAUGUACCUUCUCUAUGAUACCGAAGUUAGACGGACGUGCCAGGAUAGCGGCGAAAUUUUAUUCGAAGGAAUUGGAUGAUGUUGAUGGACAUUCGGACAAUUUUAUAGUUAAAUCGAUGAAAAUAAUCAAUGAUUUUGAAUGAUCGUAACAUUUUUGAGGAUAUUUUAAAAGAUAAUGAUAAUUUAGCAUGUUCUUAUAUUUUUUAUGAAUUAUAUACGUAUUAAUUGUGCAAUAAUAAUUUUCUAGUAUGCAAUGAGAAAAUGUAACUGUUAUAAAAUUAUGAUCAUAUUGAUUGAUGCCAAAAGGAUUGUAAUAGAGUGCAAUAACAUAUACAAAAUAUAAAAGCUUAUACAGAGA